AUGGGCGCAGCCAUAUUGUGGUCAUGUGACCUUUGCUGGUUCCCGAUGAAGAAAAACAUGUCUGCUUCGACGAAAAGGAGGAGAUUGUUUUGCAUCUGUAUUGCAUUUGAACACGUUUUACCUAUUUUAUUGUGUCUGUUGAUGGUUAUGAAACACACAGUUUCAGAGAUGGUUAGCAUGAAAAUUGUUGAGGAACCAUCCAGCUAUGGUCUCAACAGUUACAACUUCGCUAGUCACACAACAGAUGACAAAAAAUUAAAGAUGAGGAUACAGCCAAGUAAUUUCUCAGGACCUGCUCAUUUAAAAAGGCUCUAUGGGAAAUGUUUCUCAAAGGAGAUGAACGAGUACAGAUAUGAGCUUUGUCCAUUCUUUAAUGUGACUCAACAUGAACAGUCCUACAGAUGGAAUCCAUUUAGCGGAGUACUUGGUGUAUGGCAAGAGUGGGAGAUUGAGAAUAAUACAUUUACUGCCAUGGAAAUGAGAGAGGGUGAAAAAUGUGGUGAUAUUCAUCGAACUGUCAAGGUGAUUUUUGUUUGUGGAGAUAAGCAUGACAUUGUGAACGUAACAGAGCCGUCCACCUGUAACUACCACAUGAGAUUUAUCUCCCCAUACGUCUGUCACAGAGACUCGAUGCUAGUGUACCCCACCCUCAGUGAGGAGCUACAGGGGGCGUGGGAUGAGCUGGAGGGGGAGCUCUACAGGGAGGAGCUCACGCAGAAAGGGUAUAAAAAACAAUUGCGGAAAAUUUUCGAGAAAGCUGGAUAUUACAUUCCACAAGAAGAAAAAAAGCUUUUAUCAGAACAAGCUGUGAAGCGUGAGGAAGAAGAGAAAAAAGAAGAAAACGGACAGUUUGAUACCUUGCUUAAAUGUACAGAGGAAUAUAGAAAACUGAAGAAAGAAAUUGAAGGAUUGAGAACUCUCUUAGCAGUGAAAGAAAGUAAAGAUGCAGCCGAUGUUUUAUUUGGUAAUUCAACAUCAGAAUCAACACAGACAAAGAAGUCUAAACGUAAAAGUAAAGUGGGGAAAUUUUUGAAAUCAAUAUCCAAAACAAAGACAUAGUAUUGAUUUAUCACAAUUCAUAAAAUCAUUUAUAUUUAACUGAGGCAUUCAUUAUACAUUUAUAACAUAUCUUUGGUUUUCAUUAUGUUCAUGAGAAUUCAUUAUAUUGAUUGAAUGUUAAAAUGGUGGUUUAAACUGAAGACUGGAUCCUGUGCAAUAUUAGUUAUAUUACAUAUGAUGUAUUUUUUUAUUUGAAAUGCCCUUUAUGUAUUAAACUAAAAAUAAUAA